UCCGAACCACUUGGCCGCACCGCACCGCCACCGCCGCCAAACUCGUGACAGAACACAAUCAUUAUCAUUAUGUUUAUGUUCCAAAUGUUCGAGCUUCGUGAUAACUGAUAACCUGUUGGCGCAUUAGCACGGUGAAAGCGAAUUACUGCCUCCUAGACAUGAAACAUAGUUGUACGAAUAUGAGACCGAGUAUCGAGGAAUGCGCGACUCGCAUAGUAACUUCGCGUUCGAUUAGCCAUUGUUGUGGAGCUAGCAGAGCCGCUUCUAGCGCACGUUUCACCGCCGACGAUCCGUCGUCAUCCAUCUUCGUGUCAGCGCCGGGACGAACGAUCGUUGCCGUUGAUCGGGUCUAAACGCGAUACGUUUAUACGUCUCGCAACGAACACGUGUUAUAGCUGUAGGCGGGUAGCCCGAGGCCGUGGUUUUGUUUUCGCUUUUUUUUUUUGUCCGAUCGUCUCGUCCCUACAAAAAUGGACUGCUUGUUCGAUCCAGGCAAACUAAUCUCCGCCACCCUGAUCGACGACACGAUCACAGACGACCAAACGUCGGUCGACGACGCUGGCUGCAAAUACCGGUUGAGACCCUUGUCCUCGAACGACCAUGCACUCGGAUACAUGGACCUGCUGUCUCAACUGACCAAAACAGGAAACGUCACUAGGCUGAUGUUUACGACCACUUUUGAUUCAAUGAGGAAAGACAGUGGUACAUAUUUCAUAAUCGUCAUCGAAGACACUGUGAAAAAGUGCAUCGUGGCAACUGGUUCGCUGAUUAUCGAAAAAAAGUUCAUACAUCAAUGUGGACAUCGUGGUAGAAUUGAAGACAUUGUUGUUCACUCUGACUACAGAGGAAAACGUUUUGGGAAAAUUAUUGUUCAACGUCUGAUUGCUCUGUCACGUGUCCUUAAGUGUUACAAGAUUUCAUUGGAAUGUAAAGACAGUAAUGUGAGUUGGUAUAGCUCAAUGGGUUUUGUGAGAGAACCUGGAAAUUCAAAUUUCAUGCAGAUGAGGUUAAUAGAAGAUGAUGAGGAACCAUCGCCUUGAACUUGUUUAUUUAUUAUAAACUGGAAUGAUUGUGUUUAAUGUAUAACAUUAAUUUUUGGUAAAUACAAUUUACAAAACGUUUUACAAUAUUUAAAAAGCACAAA